AUGUAUGAAGGAGUGGGUCUUGCUUUUAAAGACAGCCAAAAGCAGGCAUUUUUGGAUUCUGAGCCUAAAUGGUCACAAAAACUCGGAGAUGGCUGGAAAGGUACCAAGUUUCUUGGCCAGGGGGCCUUUGGGAUCAUCGGCCUCUGGGAGUACCAAGGAGAUCCGGCCACGGCUCCCCAAGUGACAAAAGUCGUCGUGAAACAAUCUACGGAUGAACGUAUGGACGAUUUCAACCAAGUUUGGGGUGGAAAGUCAGCAAUGGAUGAAGGGAACAUUCUCUCUGUAUUGGCAGGGCUUAACUCAAAUCACAUUAUUCGCCAAUACGGUGGGAAUCAUGUGGGAGAUAAGUUUUUAGACAUGGAUUUCGUCGUCCGGAUAUAUCUUGAGUUCUGCCCAGGUGGCGAUCUGGACCAAUUUGUUGCUGGGUUUGAACAACCACCACAUCCCCUCUUAACUGAGCUCGAUAUCUGGACAAUCUUCAAGUGCCUUGCGCAAGGUGUUGCGGUAAUGGACCGCGGGACAGAGAAUAUCGAUGAACCAGCUUGGGGCGGAGAUCCCCCUGACAGACCUGAACUUUGUCACUUUGACCUUAAGCCUGAUAAUAAUUUUGGCGAAGCACUGUGGGUUGCGGAUAAGGCAGUCCAAAAUGAUGAAUACGGGUCAGUUGUCACUUACAGAGGGAACAUUGAGCUAUCACCACCCGAAAACACGUUUAGGGAAAACAACAGGGGCGAACAACUGGGCCAUUCAUUCCCCCAUAUUCCAAUCCAUCAUCCUAGGAAAGGGACUUGUUCAAACAUCUGGCAACUUGGGGCAAUAAUGAACAUUCUUCUCAAAGGAAAAAAGAUUCAUUUCAACAAGGAAGCCUUCAACCUUCAGAGUAAGCUUGAUAGAAGCCAACACUACGCUCCCACCUUGGGGUUAGGCUAUAACCAUAGUAUUGGUCUAGACACACCGGACUGUAUCAAUCGUUACUCUCUGUGUUUGAGACAGUUGAUCAAAGACUGCUUAUUGCGAGAACCACUCGCGCGACCUACGUCCAUUGAGCUUGUCCGACGCACUACUGAAGGUUUGAAAACUGCUCUUGAAGCAGCGAGACACACAGCCCCUCUCCUACCAUCAAGUCUACGCUCCCGAGACAUCCCCUUUACCAAGAUAACCAACCCCGAACCACCCACAGCCUGGACAAUCGACACUUCAGAUUUCGAGCUCGACAUGCGGGACAGGGAACUUCUGACGCCUAACGCUCCGACAGCUGCCAUGGGAAGCACGGGUCUCUUCGGUUCUUUCCCAAGAUUGAGCGUCCCAUCACUAACCCUAAGUCCAGACUUGACCCAGGGAACCCCAGGUUCCAAAACCUCAGCCGCGGGCCCCAAGACACCUAGCUCGUCGCCUCUCCCGCGAAGUCCGUUGGGGAAACUCAAAAGCCAACUUCCAGGUCUUGGAAACUUGAUCUCUUCGUCGUGGAGGAAUAAGACCCCAGCUACUACCGCUCGCCCGACCGUACCUGCGGAUGAUGUUUUUGUGGACCUCGGUGAUAGGAUGGACGUGGAUGUGGAUGUGGAUGAUGAUUUUGUGCAAGUCUAG